AUGCAUCGUGAUAUAAAGCCUGGAAAUGUUUUGAUGGAUUCAGGAGAAAGCGAGGCUGGCCGACUUGACUUGAGUCGCACACUGAAGGACGGCAGAAGCACGCUGCACACUGCUAGAGCUGGCACUCGUGGCUGGGAAGCAACCGAGAUCCUGAAUCAACACACAGGUUACAAGAAGAGCUCAGACAUCCAGGUUGCUGGGAUGUUGGUGUUCUACAUCCUCUCUGACGGGAAACAUCCCUUUGGGGACGUGAAGGAUCGUGAGGAGAACAUCAAGACAGGGCAGUACGUUCUUGAAGAUUUGCAGGAUACAGUAGCAGAGGAUCUCGUAGCUUGGAUGAUCAAUAAAGAACCGGCAGAAAGACUGACCAUUGAUGAGGUCCUAGGUCACCCUUACUUCUGGGAUGAUGACAAGCAAGAUGCAGUCCUUAGAAAGCUGGGUGAUAGGCCUGAAAUUCAGAAAUACGAGACUUUAGCUAAAUUUCAUGACCUGUACAUGAAAGAUAAGGAGCACACAGAGGGAAGAGAGCCGACAGCAACACUGACCAUUUACGAGGCCUUCGAUGUACUUAAAAUUGAGAAUGAGAAGAAGAGAAAGGACAUUAUUUCUAUAGUGGGUGAGGAUUUAAAUGACCUUUGGAAGCUCUUCAACACUGCGGAGGACGUCACAAAUGGAAAAAGUUUUUUUGAUUGGCAAUCAAAGCUUUCAGGUAUAUGGCCAGAUGUUAACAAAAAGCUUCUGGGGGACGUUCUUGGCCUGCUGCGUUUUUUGCGCAACAAAGUAGUGCAUGCAGAAGACUUUAAAGAAAAGAAGAUAUUUGUUCUCUUCCCAGACUUCUUUAUCAGUAUACACAGAGUGGCUAAAGCCUUGAACUGGAAAUACUGAAAAUGCAGAGAGGACACACUAUAUGUAUUCAUUCUAGCAGCAAGCCAAACUGUUUUGAACUUUUGACAUUUUCAAAUGGUCCUGAUAUCAUUGUGAUUGGAGGUUAUCGUCCACCGUCACUUCACUUACCGAUCUUCUUCACAACUGGACCAACUCAGAGCUGAUUUUACUUGGGGAUUUAAACUGGGACUGGACAUCAAAACAUCUGAUCCAUUCAAGGAUAUUUAUGAAUUAUUGGGAUGGGAUCAUGUAUACUCACAGAUAUCAAGAUUCAGCGUAUGAACCUCAACAAUGGUGACAGGCAACAAAAUAUUCAGAUCAACUCUGAACAUCACAAAACAAGCUUUGCGUUAACUGUUGGCUUUCAGUGUUGGACUAUGGUGAUGUGGUCCGUUAAGGCAACGCAAGAAAGUACAACUCCAGAUUUUUGCCGAGCUGGUGCAUUUAAUCUAAAUUUUUGCCUCAUUGAGAAACUCAAUGCGAGGGUUAAUUAAGUGAUUGAUGGUUGUUCAGGUCUAUGCAAUAGCACUUAUUGCUAUAAACGUGGGAUUUCACAUUUUCAUUCUCGUAAACUCAUUCGUUCAUCAC